UUUGUGUAGCAAAAUCUGUUUGUGACAGCGACUCUGCUGAGCCCAUGAGCCCUGAGGAAGGUGCCACAGGUUAUCUCUGUCCCACUGUCAGUGCCAUGGGCAACUCUGGAUCUCUGUCCCACUGUCAGUGCCAUGGGCAACUCUGGAUCUCUGUCCCACUGUCAGUGCCAUGGGAGCUCUGGAUCUCUGUCCCACUGUCAGUGCCAUGGGCAGCUCUGGAUCUCUGUCCCAUUGUCAGUGCCAUGGGAGCUCUGGAUCUCUGUCCCAUUGUCAGUGCCAUGGGAGCUCUGGAUCUGUGUCCCAUUGUCAGUGCCAUGGGAGCUCUGGAUCUCUGUCCCAUUGUCAGUGCCAUGGGAGCUCUGGAUCUGUGUCCCGUUGUCAGUGCCAUGGGAGCUCUGGAUCUCAGUGUCAUUGUCAGUGCCAUGGGAGCUCUGGAUCUCUGUCCCACUGUCAGUGCCAUGGGCAGCUCUGGAUCUCAGUGUCAUUGUCAGUGCCAUGGGAGCUCUGGAUCUGUGUCCCGUUGUCAGUGCCAUGGGAGCUCUGGAUCUGUGUCCCACUGUCAGUGCCAUGGGAGCUCUGGAUCUCUGUCCCACUGUCAGUGCCAUGGGAGCUCUGGAUCUCUGUCCCAUUGUCAGUGCCAUGGGCAUCUCUGGAUCUCUGUCCCAUUGUCAGUGCCAUGGGCAGCUCUGGAUCUCAGUGUCAUUGUCAGUGCCAUGGGAGCUCUGGAUCUCUGUCCUGUUGUCAGUGCCAUGGGCAGCUCUGGAUCUCUGUCCCACUGUCAGUGCCAUGGGAGCUCUGGAUCUCAGUGUCAUUGUCAGUGCCAUGGGCAGCUCUGGAUCUCUGUCCCACUGUCAGUGCCAUGGGAGCUCUGGAUCUGUGUCCCAUUGUCAGUGCCAUGGGAGCUCUGGAUCUCUGUCCCAUUGUCAGUGCCAUGGGAGCUCUGGAUCUCAGUGUCAUUGUCAGUGCCAUGGGCAGCUCUGGCCAUUCCCUCUCCAUGGAGAACUGCUCCAUUACCCAGCUGCUCUGGCUUUGCCGUGCCUCCCUAUGCACCUCUCUGGUGAUGCAUCUAUGGUAUUCAGAGUCCAUUCUUGUUACCUGCUGGUGCCUCCUGGCCAAGCUGCAGCUUUGAGAAAAAUGGCCAAUGAGCUUGGAAGUCCCAAAUUUAAUCAGUUCUCACUGUCUAGUACCCCAUGACCUGACAGAGCUUUUGUGAGCAAAGAUGAGAACACAGCUCAGAGCUGCCCUGAGUGGAGAAGUGACGCUGUUAAUCAGUCACAGCUUUGUGCUCCUCAGUUCACGUGGUCAUUUCUCUGCUUUGCUGUGAGAGUUUUGUGUUUCUGCUCACUGGUUCAACCUUGCACAGAAAUAGAGAUAGAAUUUCUUGGAAAUAGAAGUAGAAUUGCCCAGAAAUAGAUCAGAAGACUUGAGCCCCUCAAGGACUUGGGGUUUCCCUCCUAAAACAGUAAUGUAUCCAGUCAGCAUUUGGAAGAGAGAAAGCUGAAUUCUUUGGUGUUGUCAGUUGGGAAUCUGCUCCUCUGGCAGAUGAGUGUGUACAUUUUGCAGGUGUUCCAUCAGGUUUCCAGUUCGGUCACACCUGAUGUUUCUCGGGGUUCUCUCAGCAGUUGCAAUUUCUCAGCCUUUUCACAUUUGCUGCCCCACAAGAGCAGGGUGAGGUUGGCAGUUCUGAUGGAAGUGGAACGACCUUACAGAAUAAGCUUCAACCUGAUCCUGUUGGAGACUCCCUGCUCAUUGCAGGUGCUGGACUAGAUGACCCUGAAAAGUCCCUUCCCACCCAAACCAUCCUGGGAUUCUGUGAAUAAUUUAGGUAGGAGGGACCUCACCAGUGCCCUUGGUUCAGCCCAGAGCAGAGCCAAUUCAGAUAGAUUUAGGUUUUUCCUAUAAAACGCCUGGUUCCUUACCUGAGAAGGAACUUAGAGUGGUUCAGCAAACCUGAUUUCUUUGUGUUUCUGUUGGAGCAAAGUCUUUUCCUGCCAGUUUUAUGUUGGCAGUAUAUGCAUUUGAAUAUGGAUUUGGAAAUAGAUAUAUGGAUUUGAAUAUGGAUAUAUGGAUUUGAAUACACUCCAGGAACUCCAGGAGACUUCAGGUAAUGUGGGGUCAGUAUCAGUACUUCUAACACCUGUGAAUAACCAAGUCUGGCCCCAACCUGCUGCUCAGGCUGAGCAGGUGACAUUUGUCCAGGCUCAGGUAAAGAAAGGUUUUGCCAGAAUUUAUACUGAGAUUACUUUAAAGUACUUGGCCAAAAAAAAUUAGAAAAACCUUUAUGACUGGUGAAGUAGCCUUGGCUAUGUCUCAUUUUAAGAAUGCUGGUAUUUCUUUGUGCCCCUUCCUUUGGGGUGUCAGGAGGAGGCAGCAAUGGAUGCUCCAGGCUCCUCAGAGGUCUCGGGAUCCAUGGACUGAGGCCCACGAGCAAAGACACGUUUUGCUGCUGGGUCUUUUAAACCUUGAAUCUGGGAUUGUGCUGUAAAGCUGUUUUUGAUGAUUAAAUUUAUCCCAGUGGUGGAGCCAGCACUGCAUGGUGGGCCAGUGGAAUGCUGAAGGAAGUUCCCAUCUCAGUGCCACAUCCUCAGUAAUUUCUGUCACCAUUUUUGGAUGUCUUUUCUUACUCUUCAAUGAUUCAUGUUGAUUCCUGCACAAGAACAAUAGACCAAACAUGUCUCCAGCCUGAAGAACUGGGAAGAAUUUGGUUUUUGCUCUACUCACUGUAGAGGUUUUCAAACCCACUUGCUGCAGACAUCUGUUGCCUUCAAUUCUCUGAUAAUUCGGUUUCUAAUAGAAAUAUCAGUAACUCCAAGUCUCCAUGGACUGAUUCCUGGUGUAUUUGUCUGUCCCAGCUCUGUGGCUCUAGUUAUUUUUCUAAUUUUAAUCCACAUCCUUCCCAUAUGUUGUCAGAGAUGGACUUUGAGCAUUCCCCAGCUCCAUCUGGGCUGGCUGGUGCUCCUGUCAUUCCUCAGAGAAGUGCUCCUGUACAGCCUCAGAGAAGGGUCAUACACCAGAUUAGUGUCACCUGGAACCCUCACCCUACAGAGAACUUGUCCAAAACUAAGCAUAACUGGAUUCAGAAUAGACCUUAACUUUAACUAUCCCUCCAUAUCCCUUUGGGAGUUGUGAUCCUCCAGAGCAUUAGUGUCUUCUCCUGUGGAGGUUGGGGGCAGUGGGGGACACUGGAUGUCUGUGAUGCGUGGAAGCUGUUGGAGAGAAGGGCCCAGGUGCUCAGCAGAAUUUUCAGUUGGCUCCCUGUCAGCUGCCUUCCACCUCUCAGCCUCCCAGCCUCGGGACUUCUGGACUAUCUGGUUCCUGCUUGGGAGGAGCAGCCGGGAGGGUUCCGUAGGCAGGAGAAGGGAAGGAUGCUGCUGCUGUGUCCCCAGCUCUGGGCAGCAAAGCACAGAGGUAUCAGCGUCCAGAAAUCAGUCUUUAGGACCAGUCCCACACUGAUCCCUUCCUCUUGCAGCCUGGAAGCCAGCCCGUGGCUGGGGCUUUCGGGAUUAGUCCCUGGUCACUCUGUAGUGUCCCUGCGGUGCUGAGUGACCGUGGGCUGAUGGUCUGUGCUGGGCCCAGCCUUGUGCUGAGUCUGCUCUGUCCCUCCCUGAUGUGUUUGCAUCACCAGAUGUGAUGCUAUAAGCAGCAUGUGGGUUUUAGGCCUUUUUUUCCUUGGUGACAGCCAGGCAUGUGCUCUGUAGAUUUGUUUUUCCAUUCCCUUCCAACCUCUCUUGCUCUGUCAAGGUGUCUCUUCUAGCAGUGAGCAACCCCCUCCUCUCCCUUCGUGCUUGUGUGGCUUGUGCUUUCCUUUGCUUUCCCCAGGAUUGUCCCUGCUGAGGAUCUUGGGGACCUCUGCUCUUCCCCUGCACUGUGGCAGCCUGACCAUGUUGUCCCAGGUGUCCCUGUCCGUUCUGCUGGUGAUAAUCAUGUGGGUGCAGAAUUCCAGCUCCUCCUUCCCUGGUCCCAGGAUUCUUGCUGAGUUUCUGCUCCCCCUCUGCUGGUGCUGGCACUGCUCCUCUAUCCCCUUGGGAGUUCCUGCCCAGCAUGUCUGACCUCUUUCCCUCUCUCUUGUCUCUCUGCUCUGGCUCUGUCCUGUCC